UUAAAUAAACAUAUGGAAAUUUGUGAAAAUCAUAACAGCCUGAUGAAUUAUCACAAUUAGCUAUUCUGAUGGCUGUGUAACCAGCACCAAGAUUCCAAACAAAAUAUCAACGUUUCUUCAGAGACCCCCCUCAUGUUCCCACUCACAAACUCUCUUUCUCAAAGGUAACCACUGCUCUGACUCUAACAGAUUACUUUACCUCCUUCUUUAUAUAUACUUAUAUAAAAAGAUGAAAUUUCAUCUAAAAUUGGAAUAAUGGAUUUGAUAUUCUUUUAGGUCUGGAUAAUACUGCCCAAUAUUAUGUUUGCAAAAUUAUCCCUAUAUAUAUGUUCAUGUAAUUUGCAGUGCUCUAUUGUAUUCCACUGUAGGACUGUACCACAAUGUAUUUGUCCAUUCUACUGUUGAUGGACAUUUGGGUCGUCUCCAGUAUUUCCUACUAGAAAUAAUAUUGUUAUGAGCGUUAUUGGAGGUGACUUUCCAUGCACAGCUGUAAAGAUUACCUAGACAGGUGGUAACAGUUGAAUCACAGCACCUGCGUAUGUCCUACCUUACACAUGCAUAAGUUCAAUUUUAGUAGAUACUGUCCAAAUAGUUUCCCAAAGUGUGAUUUCCAUUCCCUCUAUGAGGUGUGAGAAUUCCCAUUGUUCUACAUCAACACCACAUCCUAUAUUGUCAAUCUUGUAAAAUUUUAGCCUUUCUUUGAGUGUGGGAUAAUAUCCCAUGGUGGGAUCCCAUGGUAUUUUACUUGUACCUCCUGAAUGACUUUGUCCAAACAUUAAUGUUCAAGCUUUUGUAUUCUUUCUUCUAGGUUUUUGUUUUAAACACUGUCCUGGAGACAGUACAUUUGGAACACCAUACACCCAGGACUGGGUGAGUCAGGAGGCCUCAGAGAACAAACCCCAGUGCCAGCUGAGGAACGUCACAGAGUUGCACGUUCAGCCUCCUGUAUCAGCUUCUGCCCAGAGGGCAGUCGGCUGGUGAAUCAGCAAGCCCAAAAACAUUAUCAAAUCAUUUGCAUCAAAGUCCACGGGUAGUUCUUGCUGACUCAAAGACACUCAAACUAAUUUUGGAAUAACAGCAUUUUCCACCAUCCUCAUCUAUCCAGACCAUACCUGAAGACUUGAGAGUUUGUUCUUCGUUAUGGAAGCUAUGAAGUCGCAGGCAAACUGUACCCAGAACCCAAGUUGUAGAAUCAUGACCUUCUACCCAACUGAAGAAGAGUUUAAUAAUUUUGAGAAAUACAUUACUUAUAUGGAAUCUCAAGGUGCACACCGAGCAGGUGUGGCCAAGAUAAUCCCCCCCAAGGGGUGGGAAGCCAGGAAGACCUACGAUGGCAUCAGUGACAUCCUAAUCCCCACUCCCCUCCAGCAGGCUGUCUCGGGCGGGGCUGGUGUGUUCACUCAGUACUCCAAGAAGAAGAAGGCCAUGACGGUCGGGGAGUAUCGCUACCUGGCGAACAGUGCUAAAUAUCAGGCACCACCACACUCGGAUUUUGACGAUUUGGAGCGAAAAUUUUGGAAAACCCGGCUCUAUAGUUCACCGAUCUAUGGCGCUGACAUCAACGGCUCCUUAUUUGAUAAAAAAACUAAGCCGUGGAACCUCAGACACCUGGGAACCAUUCAGGACCUGCUGGAGCAGGAGUGUGGGGUGGUCAUCGAAGGCGUCAACACACCCUACCUGUACUUCGGCAUGUGGAAGACCAUGUUCGCAUGGCAUACGGAGGACAUGGACUUGUACAGUAUCAACUAUGUGCACUUCGGGGAGCCCAAAACGUGGUACGCGGUGCCCCCAGAGCAUGGCUGGCAACUUGAACGCCUGGCCAAGGAGCUCUUCCCGGCCAGUGCCCACAGCUGCGGGGCCUUCCUGCGGCACAAGGUGGCCCUCAUGUGGCCCACUGUCCUCAGGGACAACAGGAUCCCCUUCAGUCGGGUCACGCAGGAGGCUGGCGAGUUCAUAGUGACAUUUCCCUACGGCUACCACGCUGGCUUCAACCACGGCUUCAACUGCGCGGAGGCCAUCAACUUCGCCACGCCGCGCUGGAUUGAUUAUGGCAAAGCGGCCUCUCAGUGCAGCUGCGGGGAGGCCACGGUCAGCUUUCCAAUGGAUGUCUUCGUGCGCACCCUGCAGCCCGAGCGCUAUGAGCUCUGGAAGUGCGGGCAGGACCAGGCAGCAGUGAACCACGUUGCGCCCGCAGCCACGGGCAGCCAGGAGCUGGGCACCAGGAAGGAGUUGUGGGCAACCAGGAGAGCCGCGCUGGGCCUCCGGGCCCUGCUGCCCCGCCGCUCACUGAGCCCUGCCAGGCAGGUGGCCGCGGGGCGAGGGGGCCACCACUGCACCCCUAGGCUGCCCACAUCUCGGCGCCGCGUGUGGGCCUCUGAUCCUACCUCUGCAGCUCAGGGCAGGGACGCCGUUUGUCACUCCCCAGAGCACAGCUCAGCCCUGCUGACAACCUCGGGUCCAUCCGACCUGGGUCUCCACCCAACUGGCAGGCGUGGUCCUGGCCGUCGUCCUCGGGAGCAGGGGACUCAGGAGCUGACUGACCAGGCCCCGGCCAAGAAGCGCCUCUUGCUGAGCACAGCAUGCGCAGCUCAGGAUCCCGAUGCUCAGGCCCUGUCUUCGGACGGACCCUCACUGGACAACGCUGCACCACCAAGCCCUGCGUCCCCGCAUUCUGCUCAGGCUUCCAGGUGCUGCUGUGUCCCUGCACCCUAA